AUGGAGUUCCCACCAUCUUACUCCCUUCCCUGGCAAUACCGUAUCCCGUCUCACCUUCUCUUUCCCUACAACUUCAUCCCUCAAAACUAUGUCCACUGGACAGAAACCCCUGAAUCACACAUUUUCUCGGCUGACAUCCCUGGUGUGAGGAAAGAAGAGCUGAGAGUGGAGGUUGAGGAUUCACGGUACCUCAUAAUCAGAACUCAAGCAGUGGAUGAAUCCACAGAACCUGGGAGGAAGUUCGAGAGGAAGUUUAGGCUGCCUGGGAGGGUUGAUCUUGAUGGCAUCUCUGCUGGGUAUGAAGAUGGAGUUUUAACUGUUACAGUUCCAAGAUCAAUUAGAAGAGGUUUCUACAUUGACCCUGCCGAUGUCCCUCAGAAUUUGGAAGUUCUUGCAAGAGCAGCUUGA